UACGAACGCAACCCCCCCCCCCCCCCCAAAAGGUGGAAAUUCCUCGCCGUCGGACCCAAGCGCGAGAUUGUUCUCCGUUGCUUCGCUCGCGGUCGCAGCUGCAGUGCCGGCGUGAGCGAAGGAGAUCACCAGAAGGAGAAGGGGGGUGAGGAGAAGUAGAAGGGAGGAGAGGUUGGUGAGAGGUAGGCGUGUGGGUGGGUGGAGAUGGAGAGGAAGGUGGUGGCGGUGUGCGCGGUGGUCGGCUUCCUCGGCGUCCUCUCUGCGGCGCUCGGCUUCGCGGCGGAGGGCACGCGCGUCAAGGUUUCGGACGUGCAAACAACUUCCCCAGGUGAAUGCAUAUACCCAAGAAGCCCAGCCUUAGCGCUCGGGUUGAUAUCUGCCGUCGCUCUUAUGGUCGCACAGUCUAUUAUAAAUACAGUUGCUGGUUGCAUCUGUUGUAAGAGACAUCCAGUUCCCCCAGACACUAACUGGAGUGUAGCUCUGAUCUCAUUCAUCAUAUCUUGGUGCACUUUCAUAAUUGCGUUCCUUCUCCUGCUGACGGGAGCUGCACUGAAUGAUCAGAGAGGUGCGGAGAAUAUGUACUUCGGUAGCUUCUGCUAUGUUGUGAAGCCAGGGGUCUUCUCCGGGGGAGCAGUGCUAUCCCUUGCCAGCGUGGCGCUGGCGAUAGUUUACUAUGUUGCCCUCUCAUCUUUGAAGAACCCUCCAUCAACAUUUCCCCAGCAGAACCAAGGCAUCGCAAUGGGCCAACCUGUGAUCCCACAACAGAGCAGCGAGCCAGUGUUUGUCCAUGAGGACACUUAUAAUCGGCAGCAGUUCCCGUGACUAUGAUCUUUGUUUCAAGUGCAACUCUGAUGAUGCUCCUAUGUUUGGUUUGUAUAGCUUGCAGGUUAGAACAAUAGUAGUCGCCAUUAUUGUUAGCAAGAUUCAAGUUUUUUUUUCCUCUCCUCUUUAUUGAGUACUGUCGCGGCAUGCCUGUUUCAUCUAUAUGGAUCUUUUAUUUGAAAUGAACUGGGUAAUGUUGAAGAGAGCUUCAUAUCUAGCUUGUUUUUAAA